CAUCGAUUACCGUACUUUUCCGAAACAGCAAUCGUAAAAACAGUAAUCGGCAGUAUAUAGUUUUUGAUUCCAUCAGGCAAAUCGAAUGAAUCGUCUCAUCGUUCCUGCUGGGCUAAUCCAGCGUUUAAUAUCGCCACAAAAACUCGGCUGGCCACUGUCGCAUCCCUUCCGGAUGCUCGCAACCACCGGUAAUCCAAAGCCACCGGUUCCCAAUGCCGACACGAUAUUCGACAAAAUCAUCCGCCGCCAGAUACCGGCGGAUAUCAUCUUCGAAGAUGAAAAGUGUCUGGCCUUCAACGAUGUGUCUCCCCAGGGUCCGGUGCAUUUUCUGGUUAUCCCAAAGCGGUGCAUCCCGAAACUGGAGGAUGGACAGCCUGCCGAUGGAGAACUGUUUGGGCAUCUGAUGCUGGUGGCCGGUCAGCUGGGUAGAGAGCGGGCCCCGCAAGGAUUUCGGCUCGUAAUAAACAACGGCGAACAUGGCUGCCAGACGGUUUUUCAUUUACAUUUGCAUGUCAUCGGCGGCCGACAAUUGGGAUGGCCUCCGGGUUAAGUUGCAUUGUUAUGUAAUUCAGUUUCUUUCGUUAAUAAAGUAAACUUGAUUUGUAUAAUUUUAA